UUACAUAUCGCCGCACAAAAAGGUCACCCUCACAUACUCCGUAUCUUGUUGCAGCAUGGCGUCGACUGCAAUCAAAAAGAUGGAGAAGGACUGACCCCUCUCAUCCAUUCCAUCAUCAGUAAUCAUGAAGACGUGCUGUCCUCGCUAAUUCAGAACGGCGCACGCGUUUGCGAGACGGACGAUCGUAGCCGUAAUGCUCUUCAUUGGGCAGUUUUGCAGCGACGGGAAGUACUACUGAAGGGCCUGCUGAAGCAUUGCUCUGGUGAUCAAAGAGUGAUGGAGGGGCGUGACUCGGCUGGUAGAACGCCUCUACACACAGCUGUUGACAUAGGCUUCGAGGCUGGUGUCUGCAUUUUGCUGGGAUAUGGUGCAGACUUGAAUUCCCGGGCUAAG